UAUUCUAGUAUCUGCUUAUUUGAAGUAGGUGAUCCUCGCUGUCGCCCUUCCACCUGCCUAUAUCUCCUAUCUCGUUUUUCUGCUUCGCAUACGAGCUGGGUUUCUCACCUCCCAGCUUACCUCCCUCGCCGUGCAAAAGUUCCUGCUCUAUUUUCCCACUAUGACGUUGGCAAAACGCGCUGCCACGCUGGCCCUAGCGGGCAUCGGCGUGGCGUUCGCCAUCGUCUCGUGCUGCUACAUGGCCGACAAUUACCUCGUCAUCUCGCACCCCACGCUCUGCGGUGGCGUCUCGAACGGGACUCUCUGCUCCGAGGAGUUCCGCGCCGCUCGCCGCCAGCUCGGCGUGCUGCCUCAGGCGGCGGACAGAGUCACCGCCGCGAUGGUUUCCACCGUGGCGAUUCAGGUCCGCGCGAUUAUCGCCACCGCGGCGGAGAUUAAGCGCGCCAACGUGCGGCAGAACCACUUCGUGAACGUCGUCGCGGACGACUGCAGCACGCAGGGCGGCAUCGCGCUGCGGUAUCUGGGCCGCACGAUGGACGCGAUCAACUCCAACAGCCAGCACCAUGACCGCGCGUUCUGGCUGUCCGCCGCCAGCACGCAAGUUGGCAACUGCGUGGAUGGAUUCAAGUCGCUCGCGCCCUCCGCCACGUUCCAACCCGCCUUCGUGCAUCUCGAGACUGUCGCUAACAAGGCUAGCGACACGCUGGAAGCCGUCGUCGCCAUCGCCAAGAAGGCUGCGCCAGCCCCUGCGACAAACACCGGCCUUGGAGGCCUCUUUCCCAAGUUCGGUCGCAAACUUGCGUCGCCCGAGUCCACAACCGUCGCAGGAGGCAUGAAGUGGCUGGACGAUGACUUCGUCGCACAGUUGCGACAGCUGCAGGCGGAGCUGAACGCCCUGGGCGACGACGUUCACGAGCACGUCGCACGGCGACAGCUGCACCACCGGCAUCAUGAUAACAACGACAAGCAAGAUAAGAAGAAUAAGGAUAGCGGCAGCAGCGGUAGCAGCAGCAAGAGCAGCAAGAACAAGGGCGGGAAAUCUAAGGGCAGCAAGGGCAGCAACGCGAAACCAACCUCGGGGCCCAUUAUUGCAAGCAAGGGGCUUCGUGCGAACGCCGUCGUGAAAGGGUCGAUCCAAGACGCCGUCGACGCCGCACCCGGUGGCAACCGCUACGUGAUCUACGUUCCCGCCGGCACCUACAAGGAGCAGGUCGUUGUAGAUACGCCCGAUAUUAUCCUUAUCGGGGCGGGGGCGGGCUCUACAGUGGUCACGUACGAUGAGAGCUACGGCAGCGGGUCGAGCACGUUCGAUUCGGCUACGUUCGGCGUGAACAGUGACCGGUUUGUCGUGUUCGGGAUGAAAUUUGUCAACACUGCCGGCCCAGACAACCACCAGGCUGUAGCGUUCCGCUCUACGGGCGACCAGUCGGCGGCGAUCGACUGUUCGUUCGAGGGCUCGCAAGAUACAUUGUACGUGGACGCGGGUCGGCAGUACUACAAGAACUGCUACAUCGGCGGGACUCAGGACUUCAUUUUCGGCGACGCGGCGGCGGUGAUCGAAAACGCGAAGAUUCAGCUACAUCCGAGCUCGUCCUUCAUCACCCUCACGGCGUCGGGUCGCGCCAAGGACACGCCGACGGGGAUCGUGAUCCGCGACUCGGUGGUGAGCGCGGAUAAGGGUGCGGCGAAGGCGUUCCUCGGGCGGCCGUGGAAGAAGUGCGCCUUCACUGUCUUCGUGAACACCGUGCUGCCCGCCGUUAUUCAGCCCGACGGGUGGUUGUCGUGGAACGAGGGCAGCUGCAUGUUCCUCGCCGAGUCGGGCAGCAAAGGGCCCGGCGCAAAAUCGUCCCGUGCGGACUGGGUCGACCCUGGGAUCAUCUCGAGCGCGUCACAAUACACCGCCAGCAGUUUCGCCGAGGUCAACUCGUGGCUCACCCUCGCGUGAACGGAGUCGAUCCACUCGUUACUGUAGCGGAAAUGAUUUUUGACGAGGCAUGGCUUGAGCUGGCCCUGCCAUGCUGGGCGAACCAACUUUCUGAGGUCUAGAGGUAGUUAUGGCGCGUUUCGAGCUUGUGAUUCAGGCGCUAACCUGUUGUAGGUUUGAUCUGUUCCUAUUGUUAGAUGAUUAAGACACCUUCCUCGUUUUCUAUGCUUAGGUGGUGUUUCAAGUCAUCAAUA